GGAGCCGUGGCGACGAAGCAAGGCGAUUGUUCUAAGCUGCAAUUCCCCGGGGGCAAGAUCCCGCACAGCUGCAUGCAGUACCCGGUGGUGAUGGAUUUAAUGCCUGCAGACCCCCUCAAGCCGGAAGCGCCGGGAGUGCUGAAGAACUGCUGCAAGGCGGGGUACCUCGGAGCCAACAAGACCGACCCCGGGCACUCGCUCGCAGCAUUCAUGAUCAACGUCGGUAAUGCCACGAGCACGGUGUGGAACUUCGUGCCUCCGGGCAAUUUCAGCCUGGGCGUGGACGGAUACAAGUGCACAGACCCAUUCCAAGUCAACUCCACCAUCUAUACCGACCCUACCACUCGCCGGGAAACCCAGGCCCAAGUGACCUACCACAUCGUGUGCACCUACAGCUCGAUUCAGAAGCGAGACCCACCGAAAUGCUGCGUGUCGUUAUCCUCGUUUUACAACGACACGAUAAUACCGUGCGCGAGCUGCGCGUGCGCAUGUGGGAACUACUCGGCGAGCUCGAUUGUGUGCGUGCCGACGGGCGGCAAGGUGCCGUAUCUGAUGUCGACGCCGAGUGGGGAUGGGCUGGAGUUGAAGACUGAUCAAACGGCCAUGGAAUGCAGUCCGGACGGGUGCCCCAUCAGCAUUCACUACCACUUCAAGCAAAAUUACGAGGGCUUCUGGAGAGCCAAGAUCACCAUCAUUAAUAGGAGCCUGUGGGACAACCACACCAACUGGAAUGUUGUUGUUGAGCAUCCAAACAUGGGCAAUCUGACGGACGUGUUUAGUUGGAAGGCGGAGAAUAUCCUGCCGUACGGAGUGAACAACACGGCCAUCUUCUUUGGCAUGAAGCAGUACAACGACGUGCUCAUGCCAGCUGGCAAGGGCGGCAACGUGCAGUCGGAAAUGCUCUUUGCCAAGACGUCAGAGUUCACGCUCGAAGACGGAUGGGUCUUCCCUAGGCUCUUUCAUCCUGCCGUCCUUGAUCUUGUUUUGAAACUUCUUUCUUUCUUGUUGCUACUUCUGGCAAUAACUCGCGGUCUUGGGGUUGCUCUUGACGCUGCUUGCUCCUCUGGGUCUCUGCACCCUGACCGGAGUCGCUCUCCAGAGCGGGCUGCUUUUGACGCUGCUCGCUCUGGGUCUCUGCACCCUGACAGGAGUCGCUCUCCAGAGCGGCUGGUCUCCCGGGUCGCUCCGCCUUGUCGACGAAAUACUGACCGAAUCCAAGCCUCUCUGGCAGGCUCGGCUACUGUCCAGCUGGCAGGCUCGGCAGCAGCAGCAGCAGCAGCAGCAGCAGCAGCAGCAGCAGCAGCAGCAGCAGCAGCAGCAGCAGCAGCAGCAGCAGCAGCAGCAGCAGCAGCAGCAGCAGCAGCAGCAGCAGCAGCAGCAGCAGCAGCAGCAGCAGCAGCAGCAGCAGCAGCAGCAGCAGCAGCAGUGGUGGAGGCAGAUCAUGCAGCAGUAGCUUCAGAGGACCCCCGAUGUUCCGAGAUCGGAAAGAAGAUUCUGAAAUCUGGCGGGAACGCGGCGGAUGCAGGCAUCGCCACGGUGUUGUGCAUGGGCGUGGUGAAUCCCAUGGCGAGCGGCAUUGGUGGCGGUGCGUUCAUUCUCAUCCGCGCCCCCAACGGGUCUGCUGAGUUCAUUGACUGCCGAGAGACUGCUCCUGCUGCUGCUCACCAGGACAUGUUUGAGGGGCACGAGGAGGAUAUUAGAAAGGGAGGACUCUCAGUGGGAGUACCCGGGGAGAUCGCAGGGCUUUACCUGGCGUGGCAGCGGCACGGCAGGCUGACGUGGCGCGACCUCGUGACGCCAGCCGCUGACAUGGCAGAGAGUGGCUUCCACGUGGCAGCUUACCUGGCAAACUCCAUAGCCGCCAGCAACGCAACCAUCCUCUCAGACCCUGGACUCAGCGCCGUUUUUGCUCCGGGAGGGAAGCUUCUGAGAAAGGGAGACACCUGCUACCGCCCCGCCCUAGCAGCCACUCUUAAAGCCAUAGCAGAGACAGGCCCAGAUGCGUUGCACCGAGGGGAGCGGGCGAGAGCUCUAGUAAAAGAAAUCCAGGCAAUGGGAGGGAUACUGACCGAGAAGGAUUUGGAGGAUUUCCAGGCGCAAGUGAGGGAGGUGCUUGUGGGGAAGGCGUUUGGGCUGGAUUUCCUGAUGGCUCCCCCGCCAUCGUCAGGAGGGGCGGUGAUUCUACAGGUGUUGAAGAUUCUCCAGGGGUAUGAGCUUCCUCUGGCGUCAGCAGGAGUGUUGGGGUUGCAUCGGGUGGUGGAGAGCUUGAAGCAUGCGUUUGCGCUGCGCAUGCACCUGGGGGAUCCUGCCUUUGUCAACGUUACUGAUGUCAUCCAAGACAUGCUUUCAGACAAGUUUGCCGCCCGGCUUCGAUCCGCCAUCCACGACAACAUCACCUUCCCGCCCGAACACUACGGUCACCCCGAGGACGAGUCAGAAGAGGACAAAAAACGCCACCCGCACCGCCACCAACUAUACGCCCAGCUAGACGACCACGGCACGUCACACACAUGUGUGGUGGAUCAGGAUAGAAUGGCAGUCUCUAUAACAUCUACAGUAAACGGCCCCUGGGGAGCGGGCAGGAUGGCAGUCCAAUCAGGGAUAGUUCUCAACAAUGAAAUGGCGGAUUUUUCGCUGCCCUACCGGCCGGGCAGGAUCCCGAUGCCGUUUGAGCCGCCGCCCGCCCCGGCUAAUUUUAUCCGGGCAGGAAAGAGACCGUUGUCGUCCAUGGCUCCGGCUAUUGUGCUACAGGACGGGCAGCUGAAAGCUGUGGUUGGUGGGGCUGGAGGAACAGUGAUUAUUUCGGCUGUUCUGCAAGUGAUCCUGCACUUCUUUUGCCAGGGUUAUUCACCCUUCAAGGCCAUUGACGCCCCUCGUAUCCACCACCAGUUGCUCCCCAACACGCUGUUCUACGAGGCGGGCCACGCUCUCGACGACGGAGAGCGCAUCUCAGUGCCCAACGCAACCCUCGCUGCCCCAUCUCAUUCCCUUCCCGUUUUCCACAUGCCCCUCCUUCCUCCCUAUCACCAGCUGCUCCCCAACACGUUGUUCUACGAGGCAGGUCAUGCUCUCGACGAUGGAGAGCGCAUCUCAUCUCAGUGGUCAAUACGUCCCAUACCCCACACUCCCCCUUUCUCCCCCCAGCUGCUCCCCAACACGGUGUUCUACGAGGCGGGCCACGCCCUCGAUGAUGGCGAGCGCAUCUCAGUGCCCAACGCAACCCUCGCUGCCCUGACCCGCCGCAACCACACCACCUUCCCCAUUCAAUUCGGGGGCUUCGUUCAGUUUAUCGUGCAAGACCUGGACGGCCCUGCAGUAAGUGUUGCUCUGCAGAAGCUUGACGGUCCUGCCAGUGCCGAGCAAAGGCUCGACUCUGCUGCAGCAGUGCCAUCUCAUGGACCCGGCAGGAAACUCAUAUCAGACCAGAAAGCAGCCAAGCUUGCGAUGGCUGAGCCAAACUUUCCGCCUCCGCUGUUUGGGCAGCUCACUGCAGUGAGUGAUCCGCGCAAGGAUGGUGGUCCUGCUGGGUACUGA